CAGAAAUUCCUAUGAAUUUAAAGAGUCUACAGGCCUGUCUUGAAGAGCACAACAAUUAUUGUAUUAAUGGUAACUGCAUAUUUCACACAGAAUUAAAGAUGCCCACCUGCAGGUGUAUUACUGGUUACAGCGGUGAAAGAUGUGAGAAUCUGAUGUUAAGGUCUUAUUCAGAGUAUAGCUAUGAAGGCUACAUUGCUGUUGGAAUUGGUGCUGCAACGUUGUUCAUUGGAAUUUUUGCUGUAAUUUACUGCUUGAUAAGGAAAAGGUAGGUAGGUUUUGCCCAGUGUACUUAUCAUGAAAAGCACAUUGUCUGGUCAGCUAUAUUGAAAUACCAUGCAACCCCCAGACCUGUGGGGCAUACAUUCCUGGGCUUCAUGUGGAUAUGUGCAAACCUUUUUAUUUUCAAUUGGAUGAAUAAUGGAGGUAUCAAAAAAGUAUGUAGCUUGUACAGGAGGCCUUAAAUGAAUAAAAGAAAGUGUGGAUUAGUGAAAGCAUAUAUUUGAGUUCUGGAGAAACGUGGGUCAUACAGUAGUAAAAUACAUUGAUGAUAGUGGUGGAUAUUAUUCCAUUGCAAUGUAACAUAGACAUUGGAUUUCUUCCUCUACUCGUUCUCUCCACGAGAAUAAGAGAAAACCACAUCUUGUUAGGCUGAAGGGAAAGCAAAUACAGGAUACAAAAUCAGUACCAAUACUGACUUCAUUGGUUGAAUAUUCUUCUGUUUCUCCAUGUGAUAUCAAUAAAUAUAGAUUACUAGUCUGGGACAACAGAUAGGCUAUUUGGUUAUACAGUAGAGUCUCACUUAUCCAACAUAAACGGGCCGGCAAAAUGUUGGAUAAGCGAAUAUGUUGGAUAAUAAGGAGAGAUUAAGGAAGAGCCUAUUAAACAUCAAAUUAUGGUUAGGAUUUUACAAAUUAAGCACCAAAACAUCAUGUUAUACAACAAAAUUGACAGAAAAAGUAGUUCAAUACACAGUAAUAUUAUGUAGUAAUUACUGUAUUUACGAAUUUAGCACCAAAAUAUCACGGUGUAUUGAAUACAUUGACUACAAAAAUGCGUUGGAUAAUCCAGAACGUUGGAUAAGUGAGUGUUGGAUAAGUGAGACUCUACUGUAUAUAUCAAAAAUACCAAUAACUACAAUAACGGUUACCACAUCCUCCUGACAAUUUUCUCAUGCCUAGAGGAGGCCUCAGCCAAAGGGAUGCCACUUGUACACCUUUACAUGCACUGCAAAUCAUAAUCUCAUUUCUGCUAAUUUUCUUGUAUUUUCAAAGGGGAUGGGAUGCAUGAUUAAUGUUAUGUAUUUAAGAGGGCUAAAUCUCAGUGCUAUUUACACUGUACUCUUUUCUGUAGGUACAAAGAGUCUUUCUACAAAGCCUAUUAUGUGGAGACAGCACUCUGAAGGUCAUUAA